AUGGAGACUUUUGCCGAAGCCUGGGUGGCUGCCACGGGUGGCAACGCCAAGAACGAUCAGGUUCAGAGUCAAGCCCUGGCUCUGACGCACAAGGCAUCGCCACCGUCGCGUCCGAGCAGCGUACCAUCGCUGCCGCGCAGCCCGGCGCCCUCCUCCCAGGCCCAAGCGCCCCAGCAGCGCUCCGAGUCCCGGAACUCGACGACCACGCACCGGCAGCGCUCCUCGCCGGCCCCAGCGGCCACCCCGGCCCACCAAUCCCAGGCGCAACAGCAGACACAGCCACCACCACCGGCACCACCGCCACUGCAGACACAGGCCGUAACCGCCCCGGCUACGUCCGUCAACCCCCAGCCCUUUGCCGCCCACAACCAGCAAUCGCAGGCGCAGCACCUCAAGCAGGAACUCGCUGCCAGUCCCAGGCAGGAGGGCUUCGACCUCAGCAAAACGGCACCCGGACCCG